AUGAAAGAUGUCGGCUUCAAAACGAUUGACAUUAUACCAGCAGACACUGUAUUGGACUUUAUCGGCCAAGUGCAAAAGACAAAGAGAACCGAGGAUGGAGGAAUAGGGGAGGAGAGAAUGGAUGGCAGCAUUGCACUACGUGGUCAAGUGGUGUUUACGUUGGGACGACCCGUCAAGAUACGUGGCAUGAGCGUCAAGUUUAAAGGCACUGUCAGUACAAAUGCCAGCGGACUAGCAUUGCAGACACCGCUGCUACCCAAACUCAAACAAGCUUUGUUUGGUGGCAAGACGACAUUACCAGCAGGUGAACAUGUGGUGCCAUUCUUACUCGAGAUACCCAACAUUUAUCCAGCUUCGAUUUCUUUGAAACGGGCAUCCAUUGAAUAUCGCGUCGAAGUCUCGGUUGCUAUCGGAUUGCAAAAAAAGAGUAUCACAGCAUCACAUCCUAUCGAGUUACGACGCCAUUUGUUACGUUGCAAGGAGAUGGCACCUUUGGUGGAGACACAAAUCCUCGAAGAUACCAUACCAGCCAAAUUCCAUUAUGCAAUUGAUGCACCACAAAUCGUGUGUCGUGAACAAGGAGUCAUUCCUGUCGCUGUCAAAUAUCUCUGUUUUGCUUCACAAAAGCCUGUACGCACCAUUCGGACCCAAAUUCGUCAGAUUGAAUUGCAUAGUUCAAGUGCUAGUGGUGGUGCUCGCAAUCGUAUCAUACCUGGUUCAAAUGGACGUCCUCAUCGACGCUAUGUCAAACGCACUGUGCCAGCUCUAUUGCACACCGUCACUGAAGCUCAAGAGAAAUCGACAUGGAAACAUCCACUUGUUUUACGCCAUGAAUUGCAGCCGCUUCUUACGCCGACAUUGCACGCACCUCUUAUCAGCAUCUAUCAUGAGCUUGAAAUCACUUUUCAAUUUGAGCAUCAAUUUGAAGAUAUCAAAGCUCGUAUUCCUAUUGUGGUUGCUUCAAUACCUUCCACCAAGGACACCAACAUCAACAACAAUGCAUUCGCCUUUCAGCUUGCAGGAUCACGUAUGCCACAGUAUCAUUUUGAAAUGGAUCAAGCUCGUCUACAUGAUUCAUGUAUUUCGGUCGUUGUUGAGAAACCAGCUCGUGUGCGCGAAGUCAAUCCUGUGUAUGAUGCCGAGAGCUUGCAACCGGAUAUCCAUUGCAGGAGUUUAUUGGGUGAACCACGUUUACCGGUGACAUCUUCUAGUAUCAACCUACUUCAGCACUCAGCAGCGGAUGAUGAUGACGACGACGAUCCUUACAACCAGCAACAUAGCAACAACAGCAACAACAAUUCUUUCAAUGCCAAAGAUAGCAUUGGCCGAUCCAUUCGAAAGUUUGCAUCUGCCAACGAACUCAGCAGCAUUUUGCAUGACGACGGCGAUGAUGAUCAGCACAACGACGACGACGACAACCAAUUGAUGUUUCCACUUGAGAGGCCACGAACGACAACACCCAUUGCCCAAAGACGUAAAGGUGGUAUGCAAAUGCCAUCUAUCGAUGUUGAUUUGGCUAAUGGGCUUAAGAGACGUGGGAAACAGCAACAACCAAACAACAUGGCAACCGUUGACAGGAACCUGAUGAUGAGCAAAGCACGCCUACAACAAGCUCAACGUCAAUCAAAGCAACGUAGUACAGCAGCCAAUGCAUCAAUACCACCACCACCAUCCAAGAUCUCGACCAUGUAUGAUACAGCACCCUCCAUGUUACCGCCACAAGAUGAUGCAGGGUCAUCCAUUGGAUCUGAUAGCACUUCACAAUCCAGUCGACGGCCACAUAGUAUCAAUUCAUCUUCUUCAGCUGAUGAUUCACCUAUUGAUGAUCAUCUUCGUUCACGACCACCUUCCAUUGUAUAUGCUACAGCACCUGGUUUACCAGCAGAGACAGAGUUACGACCCCAGGAAGCGUACAAAAUGUCGCUUGUCGAAGAAUCAUUUAUUCCAAGUUGCGAUUUAUCACCGCUUGCGACCAUUGCAUCAUCAACAUUGCUCUCACCACGCACCAGCCUUGCUCUACGUAAGAGUAAAGCGAGUUCUCAUGCGAUUCCACUAUCGACUGCCAUUGGAGCACGUGAUUCUUCUGUUCUUGACAAGGAUGGUGAAAUCCUAAGGCGUAUUGCUUGUACACAACAACGACUUCCUUCACAACCACCUCCGCCAAAAUCACCCUUGCCACCAGUACCACCGUUACCAGAAUCUGCCAUCCUCAAAGCAAAAGAAGCAGCCAAUGCAUUAUCAAAUACAAACGCAUCCAUCAUUUUGCCUCCAGCACCGCCACCUCAGCAUCCUUUACCACCACCACCAUCCUCAUCCUCAGCAUCAGCAUCUGCAGCAUCCUCUGAAAAGACCAAUCCAUAUGUAUAUCUCGAAUUACCACCAUUACCAAAAGACAUCAGCAAGAAGAAGCCAUCCAUUGAUACAACGACUCGGCGGAUGACCAAGCUUUACGUUGAAGAUAGCGAUGAUGAAGUAUUAGAUCCUCUUCCCCCCAUUCCAGAAAGACACCUUGCUCAGAAUUCAACCUCCUCCUCCUCUUCUUCCUCUUGUUCCUCAUCUGUAGAUCAUAUUCCCAUAUUACCUAGAUUGUCACUUGGUACAGAAUUUGAUAUUUCAUUCGAGUAA